AUGAUAGAAUAUAUAAAAAAUCCAAGCAGUAAAGAUAUGCGUCGAUAUCUUAGAAGAAUGUUAGAGAAUGUCAUUAUGACGGGAAUCCCUCAAAUUGUCACGGAACCAAAAAUUAAAAGGAAAAUAUUUAAGUUGUUCAUUUUCUUCGGUGCUUUAUUUGGAUUUUUCUUCCAAUUAACUGAAUUCCUGUUAUUAUAUUUCACGUAUCCGACCAAUUUAGAAGCUUCGAUUAAAUUUAUGGACGUGAAAGAUCUCCCGAAACCGAUAAUUACAGUUUGUGACAACAACGGUGUACGACGAACAACUUUUUGUCGAGAUGUUCCAAGAAGUUGUGAGAAAACAGAGUUUAUCAAAGAAGUGUGUGAAAAUUUCGACUAUUUUUGUAAAAAGGAAAACUUCACCGAAGAAGAUUUAAAGUUUCCUUAUAACUUCCGGCAAGAGUGUAAUCGAUCAAUAAUUGAUGAAUACGGUAUUAGAGAAGAAGAUAUUUUACCUGAUCUUUCAGUUAAUAAUAUUACAUUCCGAACAAUUCAAUUGGAUGAAUUAUUAAGACACAGGAACUGUUAUUCUAUUUAUCCUGAAGUUUAUAUGGAGCGGAAAUAUGAUAUAUACGAUAUGCAUAAUAAAGAUACAAAAUCAAUUGGUUCAGUUCAAAUAAAAUUCAACCCCGAGGAAACGACUCUACCAGGUAAUCCAAUUAGUGUCGUAGCGGCAAUACAUUCUAAAGAUGUCAUCGUCAAUCCAUUUAUAAGUGGAAUUACCAUGACUCCCGGAAACAGAUACAUCGUCCAGUUAACACCCGCAACACAAACUGCGAAAACUACUUCGAUUCGCAAAACAAUUCAUUUUCAUUCCCUCGCUAUCGUUGUCUGGCGGAAUGUAAAAAAAAAACUUUCGCUGAAAACAUGUGGGUGCAUAUCAGCUGAAUAUCCUUUUGUUUCUGAUGAAAAAGUUUGUUAUAGUUGGGAUGAUUUGCAAAUAACUUUAAGAGGAAGAGAAGCAUUUCAGGAAACCAUUGAAGAAGAAGUAGAAAAAUAUAAGAGAGAAUUGAUUUCUUUACAAAAAGAUCUUGAAUAUAAAGAAAUGUUUGAAUACAGUGUGAGAGAACGACCGUUCAUUAAACAAUUAACACUUUAUGAUUCAGUGGAACACGGGUAA